GCUGCUGAUGCUGCUGUGAGAAGAGACGAUCGGGUCAUGUUCUCAGAGUCAUGGAGAAGCUGGUGGCGGGGGUGAUGAAGGUGGUGAAUGUGACGAUUUAAUGGUGAGGAUACCGUGAGGCUGAGAGAGAAGAAGAGAACAGCAACAACACAAUUGAUAGGUAUUAGAGUGUAGGAAGCAAGGUUGCGGAAGAGGAAGGAGUCGAGGUUCGUAAUGCGCAGGCAGCAGCGAGUGACGCAGCCAUCGCUGCUGACGAGGGUAGUUGAUAGUGUGUUUAGGUUCGUGCAUUUGGGGGAAUCAGAGAUCCUGUUUGUGCUCUUCUUUGUCAUUUCAUUCUUGCUUUUGAAGGACCUGACAUCUCGACCAGAUUUCAAUCGGAUUCUAUCCAAGAAAAGGCUAGAAGAGGUCUCUGGUGGUGUAUAUUAAAUCUUCAGCAUGUUUCGGAACUCGUUUCAGGCCGGCUUUCUCUCAAUCUUAUACAGCAUCGGGGCUAAGCCUCUGCACAUAUGGGACAAGGAAGUGCAAAAUGGUCACAUCAAGAGAUGUACCGAUGAGGACAUACAGUCUAGUGUGCUGGAGAUAAUGGGCACCAAUGUGAGCACCAACUUCAUAACAGCACCUGUUGACCGUAAAGACAUAUUGGCCAUAAGGCUACCAUUCCUGGUUAUGAUCAUUAAAAAUAUGAAAAAAUAUUUCUCAUUCGAAGUCCAAGUACUGGAUGAUAAGAACAUUAAACGCAGGUUUCGAGCCUCUAACUAUCAGUCGGCAACACGUGUUAAACCUUUUAUUUGCACAAUGCCAAUGCGGUUAGACGAGGGUUGGAAUCAAAUUCAGUUUAACCUCUCCGACUUUACGCGGAGAGCAUAUGGAACAAAUUACGUUGAGACGUUGCGAGUGCAAGUGCACGCCAACUGCCGCAUCCGGCGUAUUUACUUCUCAGAUCGACUCUACUCCGAGGAAGAGUUGCCUCCCGAGUACAAGCUUUUCUUGCCAAUUCAAAAGAGUUGAGGGUGGAAUUGCAUCAAGAUGGUGAUUCAAUGCUUUUUGUUGGCUACCAUAAGCUUUUAGUUAUGUUAAUGAAGAUAGAUGGAGAAGUGCAGGGAGUGCUAUGUUACUAUCGCAAGGCAGGUGAGAACCUAAGGAUGUGACACUGUUCUCCGUGCAAUUCUUUAGGUAAUUAGUUCUCCUGGUUUGGUCAACAGAAGUAUCGUCUUACUGUAGUGCAUGUGGGUUCGUUCAAGACCAUUUUACUGUUGGCUGAGGUUUGAAUCUUGUGCAUUGAAUCCAUUAAAUUUGCUGAAUAGGGGGGUGCUUGACCUUAUCCUUUAUCACACUUGGUCCAUCGAGGAUAUUGGGAAUUGAUUCCAUGUCGUUUCACCUUCUUGGAAAAUUUAAUAUGUGAUCAUUAGGUCAAUUUUGUCAAUUUUUUUUUAAUGAUUGUGAGUUACAUUAUGAACAUAUGUUUUUGUAUUCCAAUUUGGCUAAUCAAAUUGUAAUUUUGAAAAAAAUAUUGAAAAAAAUAUUGGAACUUCUGACAUAGUUAUAUACUCAACAAUCUCAAAAAUAAAAUAAAAAAUAAAAUAAAAUAAAAUAAAAAAUGUCAGGAUUUAUUUACCAAUCAAUAGAACUAUUACAUUUAAAAUU